CAGCGGCGUAAAUGGAGCGGCCAUGUUUGUUUGACAGCACACGGCGGUUGCGCAGGUUGCCGGUUCUGGUGGAAGUCACAUUUUUCAUCCCGGGAAUUCAACCGAAUUUACAGUUUUAGAAGUACUCACCGAUAGAUAGAAGUAUUCUACAGAGUAUCCUCAUCUUUUCAGAAUGACGAAUCAGACAGAUAAAUCACAUGCGAAGGAGUUAGACCAAUGGAUAGAGCAGCUAAAUGAGUGCAAACAGUUGCAAGAAAAUCAAGUCAAACAACUAUGUGAAAAGGCUAGGGAAAUUCUGUCAAAAGAGUCUAACGUCCAAGAAGUGAAAUGUCCAGUGACGGUGUGCGGCGAUGUUCACGGACAGUUCCACGACCUGAUGGAGCUGUUUAGAAUUGGGGGCAAGUCUCCUGACACAAAUUACCUCUUUAUGGGCGACUACGUGGAUCGUGGGUACUACUCUGUCGAAACAGUUUCGUUAUUAGUCACGUUAAAGGUGAGGUUUCCUGAGCGCAUCACCAUCCUACGAGGCAACCACGAAAGCCGGCAGAUCACGCAGGUCUAUGGUUUCUAUGACGAGUGCCUACGCAAGUAUGGCAACCCUAACGUCUGGAAAUACUUCACCGAUCUCUUUGACUAUCUUCCCCUGACCGCUCUGGUAGAUGGACAGAUAUUCUGUCUUCAUGGUGGUCUGUCACCCUCUAUUGACACUCUGGACCACAUUCGUGCAUUGGAUCGCCUACAAGAAGUCCCUCAUGAGGGUCCCAUGUGCGACCUCCUGUGGUCAGAUCCUGACGACCGCGGCGGCUGGGGGAUUUCCCCUCGAGGGGCGGGCUACACCUUUGGCCAGGAUAUAUCGGAGAACUUCAACCACAUGAACGGACUGACCCUCAUAUCUAGAGCCCAUCAGCUCGUCAUGGAGGGUUACAACUGGUGUCAUGAUCGUAAUGUAGUUACUAUUUUCAGUGCUCCAAAUUACUGCUACAGAUGUGGCAAUCAAGCAGCCAUAAUGGAACUAGACGAUGCACUCAAAUAUUCCUUUUUACAGUUUGACCCCGCCCCCAGAAGAGGAGAACCGCAUGUAACUCGACGCACACCCGACUACUUCUUGUAACUUUGUAGAGUAGAAGCUCGUGUGGCAUACCCAGUGCUGUCUCUGUAAGUAUUGCGUCAGCGUUAACGGCGGAGAAAGGUCCUGCAACUAUAAACGAUGUGUAAAGCAUGUAUGCAGAAAGCUUUGUCAGUUAAAAUGGGUAACAGACUCCGAUAUUUACAUAUAAGCAUUGGAUGUCAGUGUUUGUUAUACUAUGUUUUUUCUUCACAUGGUUAUUUGUUUAUGAAACAUCAAAAAUUACUGCCUGCAUUGAUGAUUAUUUAUGGAUGUCAUGUAGUGAUUUCUCCUAUCAAAAGCCAUCUCACCAAAAAUAAACUAAAUUAUUAGAAUGACAAAAAAAAACCAAAAAAAAAUGGAAUCCUGUAAGGGUCCUGUAGUAGAACUUUAAGAAAUGUAGUUUGUGUCUUGAACUGUUAAUUUGUACUUGCACCAAAUUAACCUUUGCAAUCAAAUUAAAUUUUCAGUUAUUAUCAGACGAAUUAACGAACUUCUUGACAGAACUGGACGUCUGGCAGUGUGUAAUGAAAUCUGAGAUUAAAAAUGUUGUAUAAAAAUGAGCCUCCAUAGGACCUUUGCAGAUCUGUGAGCGUGUGAGCUUACCCGACAAAGUGACCUCUCUGUGAAUUUAAUCGCCCCUUCCCAAAAUGAUUCAUAGUACAUGUGAUUGAAAACACAUGUAGAAUACCAUGCCAUCUCAUUUUGUAUGUGUGACGAUGUAGCAUUGAGAUGUCGUAUGUGUACCUAUAGAAGAAUGGACUGGGGUAGGCCAUAGGGGAAGGGGGGGUUAAGUACUUGAGGGUAGGGCGUCAUCGUUGAGGGACGGAUGAUGGGGCCAAUUUAGAACCAAGAAUAGUUGAGUGUUUCAGUAAUAGGAUGGUACUGGGGGGAAUGAGAUUGGGCACCUAGUCCCUGGAUUAUCCUUGGGAGGAGAGUGAAGAUAUUAGAACUAUUGGAAUUAGGGUCUCAGCCCAUGAAGUGUUGGAAAACUUUGAAAGCCUUCCGGGUGCCGUGCUGAAGAAAAUUGCCUGGAACAGGGGGAGUGAAUUUUCUUUUUUUAAAAUUAUAUUUAUGUCAUGAAAAGUGUGUUGCCUCUUGAUUUUUUUUUUUUUUUUAAAUGGAUGUCGGAGGUUUAUUUUGAAUCUGAUUAUUCCGAUUUUCAAGUUCAUGGAGUUGCUGAUUUGAAAACGUUUUGUACUGCUUUUUGCUGUGAGUGUUGUCACCAGAGUGUAAUGCUUUGGGAACGCACAGCAUAAUGGUUCUGGUACAGAAAUGCAUCGAAAUGUUAACUGUGUAAAGAAAGAUGUCUGUGCUGUCAAACUGCAAACAGAAGUUUGCAUAGUAAUACAAAGAAUCACAGGAUUAGCUUGAAUGCUCCAUGUCAGUCACUAAGUAGUUCUAUCAAGUUUGUUUCACUUUGAUUGUCGUUUGCUUAGAACUUAUGAAACUCUCGGCAGUGGAUUUCAUUAGUUGGGUACGCUUUGUAUGUGAACUUUCCCACAUAAAAGUUAGCUUUCACACAAGGUAGCCUCAAAGUUGACAAUCCAAACUUGCAAAAUCCUACAGUUCAAUUAACAUUUUCGACCCAGUUGUUAGUCCUUCAAUUGCAAUGUUAUUUUUGAACACACUUGGGCAGGGGAUUCAAAUUUUAAUGGGGUGGGGGAAUUUCCUCACUCUGUUAAGGUCAGUUCAUACUUCACACGAAUGCGAAAGCAAAGUGACUUUGACGUCAUGAAAGCCAUGCAGUGAAAUAUUAUUGGGUUGAAAUGUGUUCAACCUUUGCGAAUUCGUAGUGCGAAUACUUGAUGUGACGUCACAAAGUCCCACUCGUGUUUGCUUUCGCCUAAAGUAUGAAACGACCUUUAGUGUGGAAAGAAGGAUUUUCUCAAGUAUUCUGUGGUAGCUGACCCAUUUUGGUGUAUUGGCCACGCUGUCGUAGAUUCAAUGAAAAGGUUUUAUUUUGUGGCCUGUCUUAAUAAACUGAAGUUCAAAUCUCAUUGUAAAUACAGUCAUUGUUAUCAUCAACAUUAGUUAUGUGCUAAUCUCGAGUGCUACGUGCGCACUCAUGCUCAGGUACUCAUGCACUUGGACCACUCUGAUUUUCUAUCAGCACUCACUGACUUCAGUGGCGAGUGUUACGACACUAUACUAACAAAUUUACUCAUACGAAGUAGGUAGUCAAAUAGAUGGUACAUGUAAACGAUAGAAAUAAAAGACUGCGUUAGACUUGGCACCACCACGCAGCAUUUUUAAAAGCUCAGACGGUGUUUGUUUUGUGCCAUUGCCAUGGUGACUAAUCUUGAAUGCAGCAGAUGAGAGAGAGAUUUAAUGGAGGGAUCCCAGUACAAUGCUUUUAGCGUCUAUCUGCGCACUUCCGUGUUUGAAAACGAGGCUGUAUGUGUCAGCUUCAAUUCUUAAUACGAUCAGACGAUUGAAAGUAAGGAGUCAAGAC